UAUAUAAACUUUCGUGUAAUUCAAGUUAUUAUAAAGCUUAAAAAUAAAAGCAGCUAUUAAACAGCAGCACGACCAGGUUGCUUGAUCAACGCUAAAUUUCACGUGGAAUUGAAACCUCGAAACUAUGAAUUGAAUCUCAUCAAAACCAUAUAGAUCCUAUGAAAAAACAAAACAUUAGAAAUUCAACGAACGGUCUAUGUCAUUUUGUCUUUCUCUCUGUUUCCAUCAAACAUGAUUGAAGAACUAUUUGUCCUCAACAAGGAGUAUGUAGACAUCAAAUCUAUUAAGAGAUCUCCAUUAACAUUGAAGCUGUUAGUUUUAGUUUUAGCUGCUGUUUAUGCAAUAUACAUAGUUUGUACAUUUAAUGUAGAGCAAACAAUGAUUCCCUUUCGAACAAGCACAAAGUUGUUGGAACUUAAAGUCUUCAACCACUCAUGUCAUCCUUCUCCUGUAGAACAAUGGGAACUCCCUUACUUGCAUUAUCCACAACCCAAUACUUUCAACAGGGAGGAGUGUGGUUGCAAUCCUGUGCGAUACUUUUGCAUCUUAUCAAUGCAAAGAUCUGGGAGUGGAUGGUUUGAGACACUUUUGAAUAGUCACAUUAAUAUAAGUUCCAACGGGGAGAUAUUUGAUGUAAUCAAAAGAAGGGAAAAUGUUUCAUCAAUUUUGAAGACAAUGGAUAAAGUUUACAAUCUUGAUUGGUUUACAAGUGCUUCCAAGAAUGAAUGCAACGCAGCUGUGGGCUACAAAUGGAUGCUUAAUCAGGGUGUGAUGGAGCAUCAUAAGGAAAUAGUGGAAUACUUCCAAAGAAAACGAGUUUCUGUAAUAUUCCUUUUAAGAAGGAAUUUUCUACGUAGAGUUGUAUCUGUGCUUGCAAAUUCCUAUGACAAAUAUGCCAAGCCACUUAAUGGAACCCACAAGUCUCAUGUUCAUUCCACAAUAGAGGCUAAAGUUCUUGCCAAAUACAAGCCACGGAUCAAUACAACAUUACUAAUGGAAGAGCUUAAGCAAACAGAGGAGACAGCUGCAAAAGCCAUUGAAUACUUUAACAACACUCGCCACAUAGUUCUCUACUAUGAGGAUCUUUUCAAAAAUCUCACGAAACUCAAGGAUGUUCAAGAAUUUCUAAGAUUGCCAUAUAGGGAUCUACAAAGCCAUCAAAUUAAGAUUCAUACAAAACCGUUAUCAAUGCAAAUUGAAAACUGGUAUGAAGUACAUAAAAUCCUAAAAGGGACACCAUACCAGAGUUUUCUAUUUUCAGAGUAAUCAAAUAGUACAAGACAGUGGUUAUUCUUUUGACCACAUGAAUGAUUCUACUUUUUGCGCUACGAGCAAGAAGAUUUUUGUCAAUAUUUGAAAGAUAUAUAGAGUCAAUAUUUAGUC